AUGAGAAUGCAUUUAUUUGACUGAUUUAAUAGUUUAAAUGGAAACAUUUUCUUUUCAAAACACAGGUCGUGAUUUUGAUAGCUUUUGUUGAGUUGUAAUAUGUUUAGCUAUACUCAAGGUGUCACUAAAGACCAGUAACGCGUUGAACCCCGAAGAUGUUUUGCACACAAUCCACCAUGAGGGCUGGGAAGUAUUUCGUCUUUUUUCUCUAAAGCUGGAGCGAAACCCACUGAAUGCUGAAAUCGUAAUCRAAAAUACGUCAUUACCAAAAACUUAUCCGGAUUAUUUUAUUGUCUGAAGAUGGCGCAUGAAAUACGUUCUCCCGGGAUCUAUGGACUCCUCUUUGUCCUUUUUGUUGAACACUGCRCACAGGGAGAACUGACSUAUUCCGUUCAAGAGGAGCUGAAGCACGGAUCUGUCAUCGCAAAUGUUGGCAGGGAUUUAGGACUGGAAUCGCAGGGAAUCGAUGCUCGUAAAGCCCGUGUAGAAAUGGAACGAAGCGAGAAGGAGUACAUCCGAGUUGACUCGAGAACCAGAGAUUUAUUGGUCGCCGGAAGAAUAGAUAGAGAGGAGCACUGUGGACAAAAGCCGACCUGUGUUCUUAAAUUUGACCUGCUUUUAGAAAACCCCCUGGAACUGCAUAGGUUGUCUCUUCAGGUUGAAGAUAUAAACGAUAAUUCUCCUGUGUUUCAAAAAGAUACAGUGAAGCUGGAAAUCAGCGAGUCUGCUGMCAAAGGAGCCAGGUAUCGCAUUAAUGCGGCGCACGAUGCAGAUAUAGGCCAGAACGCCAUUCAAAGCUACACCCUAGAACAAAACCCCCAUUUUGUGUUUAACAUUCAGACAACUAGUGCUGGCAGUAAAUAUGGAGAGCUAGUCUUAGAUAAAGAGUUAGAUCGAGAAAAGCAGCAAGAAUUGAAAUUAUUGCUAACAGCUGUAGAUGGUGGAUCUCCGCAGAAAUCAGGGACUGUAGUCAUACAUGUUACUGUGCUCGACGCUAAUGAUAACGCUCCUGUGUUUACCGAGGCUGUAUACACAGCCAGUUUACCGGAAAACGCUCCUUUAAAUACUCCAGUUAUCACAGUCAGUGCAUCAGAUAAAGAUGACGGUGUUAACGGCGAGGUGACGUAUGAGUUUGGCCGACUGUCAGACAAAUCAAGAAAGCUAUUUUCACUUAAUGAAAAAACAGGAGAAGUAAUUGUAGCAGGUCAAUUAGAUUAUGAAGAGGGAUCGAAGUAUGAACUGAUGAUUGAAGCUAAAGAUGGUUAUGGCCUGUCUUCAGAAGCUAAAGUGAUUAUUGACAUCACUGAUGUGAAUGACAACGCCCCAUUAAUCUAUGUAAAGUCACUGGCAAACCCAAUACCUGAAAAUGUGUCUCCUGGCACAGAGGUGGGCAUCAUUAAUGUACAGGAUGUAGAUUCUGAUAACAGCCAAAAUGUUCKCUGCUACAUWCAGCAAAAUAUGCCUUUUAAGUUGGUUCCUUCUAUUAAAAACUAUUAUUCUUUAGUGACCACAGGACAACUGGACCGUGAACUAGUAUCUGAUUACAACAUUACAAUCAUUGCCACUGAUGAGGGCUCUCCACCUCUGUCCUCCUCUAAAACUAUUCAGUUAUCUGUAGCUGACAUCAAUGACAACCCACCUGUCAUGAAACAGAACCUGAUUGUUGCAGUGAAAGAUAAUGGACAGCCCUCUCUGUCUGCCACCUGUGCCAUUUAUUUGCUUAUUUCUGAUAACUUGGCUGAAGUGCCAGAACUGAAGGACAUUUCUUAUGAUGAGAAGAACUCCAAGCUGACCUCUUAUCUGAUAAUUGCGCUGGUUUCUGUGUCCACCUUCUUUCUGACCUUCAUCAUCAUCAUCUUGGGUGUGAGAUUUUGUCGGAGGAGAAAGCCCAGACUGUUGUUUGAUGGUGCAGUUGCCAUCCCCGGAGCUUAUCUUCCUCCAAAUUAUGCAGAUGUUGACGGUACAGGAACUUUACGCAGCACAUACAAUUAUGACGCCUACCUGACAACAGGAUCUAGAACCAGUGACUUUAAGUUUGUAUCAUCYUACAAYGACAACACGCUGCCUGCUGACCAGACUCUGAAGAAAAGUCCAUCAGACUUUGCUGAUAUGUUUGGCGUCUGUGAUGAUUCCCCAGAGGUAUGA